CCAACAUAACCAAACACAUUCCAGCGUUCACAAAAAUGAGAAUAUAAUCCAGCUAUUCUCCCACAAACACCCAUACCCUCUCACUGCGCAAACAAUGGCCUCCCGUCCACCCCGCUCCUCCACCGGUGCAUCCACCACCACCACCGCCCAACCCCCCUCCAUCUGGUCCUCCCUCCUCGACGCCGCCAGCACCAGCAAACGCCUCCCCAACAAAACCCUCCUUAUCCUCGGCGGCACUCCGAAUUCCCAACGCGAUUUCCUCACCUCCCUAACACAUGACCCUGCGUCCUCGCGUAACCGACCCCUGAACAAUCUGCGGAACACUACGAACCCUAGUAACCCGCUCGCAAACGACCUAGCGCUGGGGUACACGUACCAUGAUGUGCUGGACGCUGACCAGGAAGAUGUUCUGGCAAGGGUAGGGUGCUAUAUGGUCUCCGACCCCGCAGACGAGGCGCUAGUGCCGUUGGCUAGGAAAGUGGUGUUGUCGAAAGACGCGGUCGACGGGGGGAUGUGCGUUGUCCUGCUACUCGACUGGGCACGGCCAUGGGAAUGGUUGCGGAAGUUACGCGGGUGGAUACGCUGGGUGAGAAUCCUAGUGGACGGAGCGGACGAUGAGGUCAAGGAGGUGAUGGAGGCGGAGGUAAGGGCGUGGAGGGAGCGGAAGCGAGGCCCCGGCGCGGAGGCGAGUGCGGGUGAAAGACCUGGAACGGCGGGCUCUGAUGUGGUGGUGCCGUUAGGGCCGGGGGAAUGGGAUUCGCCGCUCGGGCUGCCGCUGUGCGUGGUUGCGCAGAACGCCGAGGCGAUAGAAGGGCUCGAGCGGGAACGGGGGUGGAGGGAAGAGGAGUUCGAUUUCGUUCUGCAGGUUCUACGGACGGUCUUGCUGAAGCAUGGUGCGGGGCUGGUAUACACGAUGUCGUCUCCACAGGCAUCGGCGCCCAUGCGGGAUCUGGUGCACGCGAUGUUGGGAAUUCAAUCGAUGUUGAAACGGAGUCAGUUGAAGCAUAACGUAAUCGAUCGCGAUCAGGUCCUGGUGCCGCCGAACUGGGACUCCUGGGGCAAGAUCCGCGUGUUAAGAGAAGGAUUGGACGUCGAAGAAGUCAGCAAGAUCUGGGACCUCGACAUCGACGCGUCUUCUCCCUCCAACUCUCUCCAACCAUCCGACCAAUCGCCUUCAGACUCCCCCGAUCAUUCCGAAACGUCCUCCGUCCUCGCCCUCUAUAAAUCCCACAUCCCCUCUCCGCGCGGCACCCUCGGCACUGACCUCAUCCGCUCGCACGCUACUAGCAUCUCUGUGUCCGCGCCCGACAACCAAGUGUUCCUCGAGCAGCAGCGGUCGAUCCUCGACAAGUUGCAGGGUGAGGACGAGAAGGAGAAGGCGAACAAGCCGAAGGCGAGCAACGCGGGGGUGCUGAGCUCGAUUGUGGCGGCGACGACGGAGAGUGCGGGAGGGAGGGUGGUGGAGGAUCAUAUUGGGCCGGUGCAGUUUAAUUUCGGGGGGGUGAAUGUGGAUGCUGAGGAGGAGAUCAGGAGGAUUGAGGAACGCGAAGCAAGCCGAGCCGCACCAAAGCCGGACGCCCCAGCUACCCCCAUAACCCCAACGACAGCAAAAUCGGAGGCGAAGUCCGACAUGGACAACAAGGAGCUAUCGAAGUUCUUCUCCGCGCUGAAGGCGAAGACGGGAGGGUCGCCCGCGAGCAGCCCCAAGGCGUAGGGCUCUAGCAUGCACGCAUCGUCGUCCACUUUGGAGAAAUGAGAAGCAUUGCUUCGUCUAUGGAUUCAGAGGGAAGCGAUGAGGAGGAACGGAUACGCGGAGUUCGGGUGUGGUCACUUGACGGAGCGAAUCGGUGCGUGGUUUUGAUAUACCCAAGUAUUGGAUUACCGUAUGGUAUUAUACAAGCAAAGUUCGCAGAUCUAUUCUAC